AUGAACGAGGAUUGUCACUUUAUCCUUCGUUAUGCCAUCCAGGGUAACUAUAAGUCACCCCUCGACAAGUCCAAGGUCCGAAGUAUCCUCGAUGUCGGUUGCGGACCCGGUACCUGGACAAUGGAAAUUGCGAACGAGUUUCCGGAUGCGACAGUGACAGGAAUCGAUCUUUCUUCUGUCUUCCCUUCGGCCAUCAUUCCUGGCAACUGUCGCUUCUUGCAACACAACAUCCUCGAACCCUUCCCCUUCCCCGACAACCAUUUCGAUUUCGUCUACCAGCGUCUCCUCAUCUCUGGACUCACCCCCGAAGGGUGGGUCAAAGUCGUCAAGGAACUGGAACGGAUCACCAAACCGGGCGGAUGGAUUGAGCUCGUCGAAGUCGACUCUCACGGUGGCAACAAUGGUCCUCACACGCUCAAGAUCUGGGACUGGAUCACAACCGCCCUAGCAACCCGCGGGAUCGUCACUAGUUUCAUUCGUGACCCAGGUCUGGAAUCGGUCAUGGUCCAGUCAGGGGUCGAGAAUGUCAACACGGUGGCGUUGAAGUUGCCGACGGGGAAAUUUGGGGGCAAGAUUGGACAGCUGUUGAAGGAGAAUUUGUUUGCGUUCUGGAAUGCGAUUGCACCAAUGAUUAUCCAUGGUGCGGGUGCGGAUAAGGUCGAGUUUGAGGAGGCGUUGAGGAAGGCGGAUAGGGAGGUGGAGGAGUUCAAGUAUUAUCAUAUCUUUUAUGUGAUUACUGGACAGAAGCGUGAGGAUAGUGCUGUUGCUCUAUGA